AUGAUCUCCCACCUCAUCGGCCACCCCCUCCGCUUCACAAUCUCCACCCUCAAAAUCACCUGCCUCGCCCACCUCACCCUCUCCCACCUGCUCCAAGUCUCCCCCGCCCAGGGCCCCUCCAUGCUGCCCACCUUCACCGUCGACGGCGACUGGAUCGCCGCCGACAUGCGGUACCGCCUCGGCCGCGGCGUGAAAGUCGGCGACCUCGUCCUCUACAAGAUCCCCAUCUUCCCCAGCCAAAACGGCGUCAAGCGCAUCGUCGGCAUGCCGGGCGACUAUGUCUCGCUGGGCACGCCGGGAGAGCCCGGCGAGGAGCAAAUGAUUCAGGUUCCCGAGGGCCAUUGCUGGAUCGUCGGCGACAACCUCCCGGCUUCACGAGACUCCAGACAGUUUGGCCCGCUACCACUCGCCUUGGUCCAGGGCAAGAUCAUGGGCAAGAUUCUGCCCUGGAAGGAUCGCCAAUGGGCAAAGGACGGCCUCGAUAAAAUAGACUCAUGA